AUGGAUCUAUGGAGACCAUCUCUUCUGGUGUUCUUUGCAGUGACCUCUGAGGGACUGCUCAUAAAGCCCCAGGAGGGCAGUGUUGCUGGAGGAACGUGGAUUACUAUCACUCUGGAUGGCUCAGCAUCCCAUGAGCUAGAACAUCUCCCUCCAGCCAGCUGGCCCCAUCUGGAGGUGUCCCUGGUGAACGCAGACCUGCCCACGUUGCUGUGCGAUGUCUCUCCUGUGUAUUUUGACUUGUCCACCAUAAGAUGUAGAACAAGGUCUUCACCCCAGGAGGGUUUGUACUAUGUGGAAGUGAGAUUUAAAGGACGCAUGAUUAACAACCUGACUGGGGUGGAGAAAGAAAACUAUGCUUUCAAGUUUUCUGCUGCGCAGACUCCCGUGGUUUACCAAAUUAGCCCGCCAUCUGGCAUCCCAGGAAAUUUAAUAGAGAUCUAUGGGAAGACAAUUGCUGGGAGAUAUGAGACCCUGGACUUCAAUGCGGAUUGUAUUGAUGGACCAGCUGUUCUUGUGGCAGAAGGAGAUGGAUGGACCAGCCUCUGCUCUUUUGCUGACGGGCACGCAGGAAGCAUGUCAGUUGUUGACCUGCCUUGGGCUAAGCAAAGCCCUUUGUUUCUCACCAGCUAUUCCAUUCGGAUAGAAGAAGGACUGGGAACCAUGCAGUGCCGGGUGGAAGGGAACCACAUAGGGUCCCACAAUGUCAGCUUCUCAGUGUUUAACAAAGGAAAGUCAGUGAUAGACAAAGAUGCUUGGCUCAUCAGUGCCAAGCAGGAGCUUUUCUUGUACCAAACGCAUUCAGAAAUAACCUCUGUGUUCCCAGCGGCUGGAAGCCUUGCAGGAGGAGCUGACCUCACUAUUACAGGGGAUUUUUUUGAGGAGCCCAUGCAGGUCACUGCUGCAGGUGUCCCCUGUAAAGUCAAGCAUGUCUCUCCCAGGCAAAUCAUCUGCACCACUGAGGCUGUUGGCAGGAGCAGGAUGCUUGGUGGCCCCCAACCAGGAAAUCGAGGGCUUCUCUUUGAAGUCUGGGAUGAUGCCUCUGAUCUGACAGAAGCAGGGCCUGGAUAUAGAUGGCAGUUUGUACCUAAUGCCCAAUCCCCAGUAAGAUUUCUGUCUGCAGCAAAGCAGUCCUUCAGCUCCAGGCUUCGUGGAUUUUUUGUGGCUCCUCAGACCAACAAUUACACCUUCUGGAUUCAGGCAGAUGGUCCGGCAUCUCUGUACUUGAGUUCAUCCCAAGACCCGCAGCAUAAGGUGAGAAUUGCUUCUCUCCCAUCUGGCAAUUUGGAAUGGUCUGGGAAGUGGGUGAAGAACUGGAGUGAGAGUUGGCAGCCAAAAUCCCAGAAAUUUGAGCUAACUGCUGGCCUGAGGUACUACUUGGAAGCACUACAUCAUGGAAAGGCACCCAGCAAUGGGAUGAGAGUUGGAGUCCAGAUACACAACACGUGGCUGAAUCCCCAGGUGGUGAACAACUACUACAUUGAGAGACAUGAAAUUCGGGCUCAUGCCUUGUAUCUUCCAGAUGUACAGAUGCUGACUGUGUCUGGCACGGGGUGGUUCAGUAUCUCCUGGAGCAAUGCACCCCGCAGAAUGAUCCACACAAAUUCCACUGCUCUUCAGGUCCAAGCAGCAAUAGAGGAACUUCUUUCAGUUGGGUGUGACAUUGGGCCGACUUCUGCUAAAAUACUCUUCCAUGAUGGCUUUGAGAAAGGUACAGAAAACUCUGUCACCACAGAACACGUUGUCUAUGGAACAGAGCCAUUCUGUGGGAGGUUCAGUGCUCGCAGCCCAAGCCAGCUGGUGAAAGCUUCUCCAUCAUCUCCACAAGGAUACGACCUUACUGAGUACACACAUGUUUGUUUUGCACAUAAAGGCCACAUGAGCAACAUCCUUCAUAUCUCAGUGUCCUACACCAACCUUUCCUUAUGUUCAGUGGAAAGAAACCUCACCUGCCAGUGGGAUUUCGAUGGAACUGACCCCACAAGCUGGACGUUCUCCUGCACUGACCUCUGGAUGGGGUGUGUGAGUCAUUCUGUGCCCCUCCAGGACCUUCCCAUCAACACCCCGGUGUUUGUACAUCAGAUUGACUUGCUGAGCAUCCAGCAGAAGGAAACAGCUGGGUUGUUCUGCCUUGAUGAAGUCAUCAUCGCUGACAGAGCUGUGACUGUUUCUCAGAGGGAUCCUAAACCACGUCGGCUGGGUGGGCGGAUAAUAGAAGCAGUAACUGUGGUGGGGUCUUCUCCUACUUACAAUGUGUCCUGGCUGGUGUCUGGCUGUGGUGCAAGUCUGCCUCUUCUCUCCCUAAGACUGAUGCCUUCACACUGCCCUCUCUCACACAGAGGUGCAGUGCUCUGCGAGGGCUCCGAGGAGGACGACCACCUCUACGUCUCCACGGAGGAUGUGAGAGUCAGUGUCACCAUUCAGAGGCUGCAGGUGUCAUCUCCACCUCUUGGAGGGACCUUCUGCAUACGCCUGGGAAGCACAGUGAUAUCAGACGUUUCCGUGCACAUCUCCUCCCACCAGCUCCACAAGCUUCUGCAAGCCAACACAGACAGUUCUACAGCCCCGUACUUCAACACCAGUGACUUCAUCGUGAUCAAAGACUCAGAGACUUGCUAUGAAAGCAUCUGGACUCUCACCUGGAGAACAAAAGCUGGGGACUUGCCCAAUGUUAUCAAUGUCUCUGCUGAAAACCUCACUGGUCUGAAGGCAGCUGUUUCCAGUCGUGUGGUUUAUGAUGGGGGUGUCUUUAUUGGGCCGAUAUUUGGGGACAUGCUUGCUACCUCCAAUAACAAAACACAGGUGGUGGUGGUGGUGAAUGAUGUCCCAGCAAACUGUUCUGGUUCCUGCUCUUUCCAGUUCAGCCAGGAAAUGACACCCUUAGUCAGUGAUGUGGAGUAUUCAGCAGAUGACGGAUUCCAGGCCACAGUAGUUAUCAGGGGAGUUGGUUUCUCUGAGGAGAGCACAACCCUGCAGGUACAGGUGAAGAACACAACUUGCUACAUCGUGAUGUCAGAUCCAACCAAAGUGGUCUGCAAGAUGGAGAGGCUGCCACUUGGAGUCCACCAGCUGACAUUAUUAGUGAGGCCUUAUGGCUUUGCAGUCAAUGCCAGCACAGGAGAAGGCAUCUUCCUGAGAGUUGAGCCCAGGCUGGUUGCCAUUGAACCUCCCAGAGCUUCAGAAAUUGGAGGACUGAGAGUGGCUCUCAGAGGGACUGGUCUGGAAGGGGUAAACCUGGUGUUGUUUGGAUCUCAGCCUUGCCCAGUUUGGGAGGAUACCAGAAGUUCAACACAAAUUGAAUGUAAAGUUCCCUCUCGGGGGGCAGAAGAUGCUGCUGUCCACGUGACGCUGGUUUUUGGGUACCAAUCAACAACAGUCACCAACUUGUUCCAGUAUGACCCUUCCUUAAACCCUGCAAUUGUGUCACUGAGCAGAAACAGAAGUGGCUUAGCAGGGGGCCAGGAGCUUCAGAUUGGAAUCUCCUCAUUUGCGAACUACCAGGGGUCAGAUAUCAAGGUCCAAAUUGGGGGCACGUGGGCACAGAUCCAGGUGCAGAUGGAUGAUGGUCUUAAUGUGAUGCUUCCAGCCUUGGCUGUGGGGUGGUACAACGUUUCUGUUAUCAUCAAUGGCGUUGCUAUUGCUUCAAACAGGGUUGAGCCAUUAAUCCACUACAUCUCGGAGGUCUUCAGCAUCGAGCCGUGUUGCGGCUCUUUCCUGGGUGGAACACUGCUCACAAUCUCUGGGCUGGGCUUUAGCCAAAAUCGGUCCCUGGUUUCCGUUUCAAUAAAUGAACAAACCUGUCUGGUUACCCACUUGGCAGAAGAGACCAUUUGGUGCCUGACCCCGCCAGCUGCUAAUUUCUCUAAUGAAGCUUCUCAAGAUGUCCCUGUCAGAGUAAAUAUACUCAUUAGCAAUAGCUCACUUCAAAAUGUUCCUGUUGCAAAAAGCAUCACCUUUAAUUACCAAAGAGCUCUGACACCUCUGGUUACCGCAGUUGAUCUGGAAAUUUUGGAGAGUAGCCUGUUCUUGAGCAUCCAGGGGGUGAACAUCACUGGAUCUGUGGCUAAGCUGGGAGACAGCGAGUGUGAGCUUGAGCUGCAACCUGGCAAUGAGUCUGCAGUGUUUUAUGAAUGCUCUUUACCGCUGAGCGACCUGGAGCCUGGGGUUUACCCUAUCCAGGUUAUCCAGAGACAGCUUGGAUAUUCUCAUGUGAUAGCAAGGCUGCAGACCAUCACAGUAACUCCACGGAUAACCUCCGUAUUCCCAUCAGCUGGGUCUAUUUGUGGUGGGAUGUUACUUACUAUAUCAGGGAUUGCUUUAAGAUCCAGAAGAGAUCUGGGACAGGUCAGCCUGGAUGGUAAUUAUUCCUGUGAGCUCCAGAGCUCUGACAACAAUACCAUUAAGUGCGUGGUCCUUCCAAGGACACACCUUUUGCCUUACCAGUGGUGGGCUGAGGUGUCUUGGGCUCUUACUGUCACAGUGACUGUCAAUGGAAUCAGCAGUGUCUGCCUUGGGGGUUGUACGCUCCACCUUCGUGAGCAGUCAACUCCCCUUGUAGAUGUGGUGACCUGGGAGAGCAGUGGGAUGUACACCGAUGUGACCAUCAAAGGGCAGAGAUUGGCGUGGCCAGGUGACAGCCCUGUGGUGCGUGUGGAUGGCCAGGCUGUCUGCAAGGUCAUCUACUGGAAUGAGACCAGCAUCAGGUGCCGGAUGCACUGCAUUGCCCCAGGGGAGCAUAACAUCUCCGUAUCCAACAGAAGAAGUGGGCAAGCUUGCUUCAGAAGUACAUCCAGUGUUCUCACCAUCACGCCUCAAGUCCACCAGUUCUACCCCCAAAACUUCAGUACCAAUGGUGGAGGCCUGCUCGCUUUUGCAGGUGCAGCACUGAAAGGAAAGAGCAGGACAGCUGUUCUCAUUGGUCAGCAACCAUGCCUCAUCCUCAGUGUCACCUGUGCAGCCAUCCAGUGCACGGUGCCCCCAGGCAAUGGUGCUAGGGCACUGAGGCUGACAGUAGAUGGCAUCUCCUAUGAUAUUGGAAAAAUUACUUACAGUGAGGAGUCUACGCCAACUUUCCUUUCAUUUGUUGUGACUGGCCUCCUAUUAACAAUAAACGUAUCACAGGUCAUGGAGAUGGAUGCCAUCCAUGUGUUUGUUGGAGACUCUGCUUGUAGGGGUGUCACCAUCACCCAUUCAGAGCUGCAGUGCUCUCCUCCUCUGCUCCCUGCUGGUGAAUACCCUGUGCUGGGCCUGGAUGUCCCCAAGGGCUGGGCUUCCUCCAACCUCACCUUCAUCUCUCAGCUGAGGGUGACAGCUGUGCGUUGCAACUGGGGUGGCUUGAAUGGAGGAAUGGUUCACCUGCAUGGAACUGGAUUUUCCCCAGGGCAGACUUCGGUCACCAUCUGUGGCAGCCCCUGUGAAAUGUUGGGCAAUGCAACGACGACGAGCCUCAGCUGCCUCGCACCACGCUUACAAGCAUCCUUGGCCUUUCUCUGCAGCCUGACCCACUCUUCUGCCAGCUGCCAAGAGGACAGAUCCACCAUUAUUGAAUGUGAUGUCCAAGUCAUGGUGGGCUCCUACCGCCAGCAAGCACCCAGGUCCUACCUGUACCUGUGUGGGGAAAGCCAAACUCAGCAGCAGCAGGGGGACACCAGCCCUUCCCAGAGCCACACUGCUGGACUCGUUGCCAGCCCUAAAGUGGAAAGAGAUGAAGUUCUCAUCUAUAAUAGCUCCUGUAACAUUACCAUGGAAACUGAGGCAGAGAUGGAGUGUGAGGGAGCUAAUCAGCCAAUUACCGCCAAGAUUACUGAGAUAUGGAAAAACUGGGGCCAGAACACUCAGGGGGAUCCCGCCCUCCAGCUGUGCGGUCGCUGGGCCGAGGCCUCCAGCUGGCCCGCUGGCCGCCCGCCGCAAGAUGGCGCCAACGUCACGGUGGAAGCGGGCAGGACGCUGCUGCUGGGCGCCGCCACCGCCGUGCUGCACCUGCUGCACCUCAGAGGUGGUAAACUCGUGUUUACUGGUCCAGGACCUGUGGAACUACAUGCUCAUUACAUUCUGAUAUCUGAUGGAGGAGAGCUCCGGGUGGGAUCUUCCACAGCCCGUUUCCAUCACAGAGCACACAUCUACCUCUAUGGAAGCCUCCACUCCCCACCAUUGUUUCCAUAUGGGGUCAAGUUCCUGGCAGUGAGAAAUGGGACCCUUUCCAUCCAUGGCUGGAUGCCCAAAGUAACUUUCACAUACUUGAAGUCAUCAGCUCUUGCUAACGACUUACGAUUAGUACUCCAGGAACCUGUUGACUGGGAACCUGGUGAUGAAAUUGUGGUGGGAAGGACAGGUCUUGGAGAUACACAGCAGCAAGAAGAAGUGGCCAUUAUUGAGUCUAUAAACAACACUGAGCUCUACCUUAGGUCACCUCUCAGGUACUCCCACAACGUCGGAGAGGAAAGAGUGAAUGGCCAAAGCCUGACUUUGAGUGCUGUGGUGGCACUGCUCAGCAGAAGGGUUGUUGUUCAAGGGAAUGUCACGAAGGAGAGGAUCUCCCACCUCAGAGAGUGUGCAGAAGCAGGUGGCACAAGAGGUGGCUCCAGGUGUCUGUACAAGCGAAGUGAGAGGCGGCUGGGGUCUCAGGACCUGGGAGCUGUUGUCAUUGUGGAAGCCUUCCAGGGAGCAACGAGUCAGCUGCAAGUGGAGGGGGUCCAGUUCCACCACAUGGGCCAAGCAUUUUGGCAGCACCGCAGUGCCCUGACAGUUGCUGGCAAUGCACAGAUGGCAGACUCUUACAUACGUGGUUGCUGUCUUUUGGACUCCUUUGGCCAAGGACUCCGUCUGACUGGGAUCUCAAACCUUAGUGUAGACAGUAAUGUCUUCUUUAACAUUUCAGGACAUGGGCUUCUACUGGGAAGUGGCCUGGAGAAGGGGAAUAGAAUCAGAAAUAACAUAGUGAUUGGCCUUUCUGCAACGGAUGGUUUAUCCAACAUUGAGAGUCUGUCACCAGCAGGGAUCUACAUCAGAACUCCUGCCAACCACAUUGAGGGUAACACCGUGUGUGCUGCUGGAUAUGGGUAUUUCUUUCAUCUCUCUCCUGAGGGACCAUCCAAAAUGCCUCUCUUAUCCUUCAGUGAGAACACAGCCCAUUCCUGCACCAGGCAUGGGUUGCUUGUGUACCCAGAAUAUUUGCCAGACAGCCCAAACAGCCCUGUUCAGUUCAACAGCUUCACAGUUUGGAGCAGCCAAGGCGGAGCCCAGAUUUUUAGUAGCAGCAACCUCAAACUCCAAAAUUUCCAAAUCUGUGCUUGCACUGAUUUUGGCAUUGACAUCAUUGAAAGCCUGGGAAACACAGCUGUAGCUAAUAGUGUUUUAAUUGGACGCAUUGGGCAAAAGGAUAAGACCUGUAUGUCAGCAGGACUGAAAACUCCCAAAAGAUUCCAGCUAUUUGUCUCCAACACAGUUUUCAGAAACUUUGAUAUGAGCACCUGCACAGCAAUCAGGACCUGCUCUGGCUGUUACCAAGGGCAGGGAGGAUUUACAGUGAGACUUGAGCAUCUGACCUUCACCAACUCACCUUUCCAAGUAUCCUUCCCCUUUCCACAUGCUGCCAUUCUUGAGGAUCUUGAUGGCUCUGUCACUGGGAAGGAAGGAAGUCGUAUUCUCCCUUCUACAGACAUCCUUGUGGCUUCAUGCACAACCAAUGCCAAUUUCAGCCAAGCUUUGGGUGGCAGUGUAUGCAGCAAGGACCUUGUUUUCCACCGUAUGUCUCUUCACUUAAGAGAGGCUCCAGAGAUUCCCUACAAUUUAACUGUGAUUGACAGUAGGAAUAAGACAACCACAGUCAAUUACGUCCCUGACACUCUCUCAAACUUGCAUGGCUGGAUGUGUCUGCUCCUGGAUAAAGAGACCUACACACUGAUAUUUGACAGCCCUUUGGUCAGCAAGAAGCUCCAGUAUUCAGUCACGUUUAGCAACUUCACAACUGGGAAUUACUUGCUGGUGGAACACAAGGAUCUUCCUGCCCAACUUGACGUUGUGGUGUCCUGUGGGAAGAGAACUGGACAGCCACUCCAAUCUCUGCCUUCCUAUGGUCAUCACAGGAGCUGUGACUGGUAUCUCGACAGCACACUGAGGAAGCUAACCUACUUGGUCACAGGAGCUGACUUAAUUCAGUUUGAGCUGCAGGAGAAGGAAGGAGCCCCUUCACCUACAUCAGAUCCUUCUGAUUCUGUUUUGAAAUGGUCGCACCCAGAGACAUGGAAGGAUGUGGAAAAAGGUUGGGGUGGAUUCAACUGCAGCAUCCCAGGUCCAGGAGAAGAUGUCAUCAUCUUACCCAACCGGACCAUCCUGGUGGACACAGAUCUUCCUCCUCUAAGAGGUCUCUAUGUCCUUGGGACUCUUGAGUUCCCCACCAGCUCCAGCAAUAUCCUGAGUGCAGCUUGUAUUGUGGUUGUGGGAGGUACACUAAAUGUGGGUUCUUUUCAACAUCCUCUAGAAAGGGAUUCAAAGCUACUGAUCAUUCUUCGGGCAUCUGAAGGGAUUUACUGUGAUCAUCUGGAGGAAAUAAAUGUCCACCCAGGGAGUAUUGGGGUUUAUGGGAAGGUGCAAAUUUAUAGCUCUUAUCCUGGGAAGUCUUGGACGCAUCUUGGAGCUAGUGUUGCUCCUGGCAAUGAAAGGAUUUUGGUGGAGGAUGAAGUGGAUUGGAGGCCUGAAGGAGAUAUUGUGAUCAGCUCUUCCUCCUAUGAAGCCCACCAGGCUGAACUAGCUACACUUAAAGAAAUCAGUGGUCGUAGUAUAACACUCCAUGAACGCCUUCUCCACAGGCAUAUUGGGCAUCCCCAUGACAUAGAAGAUGGUAGACGUAUCCCUUUGUCUGCAGAAGUUGGACUCCUAACACGGAAUAUACAGAUCAAGUCUGAUGUGCCUUGCACUGGGAAGAUACUGGUGGGACAUUUUACGGAUUCCAGUGGGAGAGAGUUUGAAGGUGUCCUUCAACUUUUAAAUAUUGAAUUUUUGAACUUUGGACCUCCUCAACUUUCUGCUAUUGAAUUCAAGAAUGUAACUCAACAGUCCUCAGUGGUGUCAUCCACCAUUCAUGGUAGCUGUGGAGUUGGCAUUAAAGCAGUCAUGAGUAAUGGGAUCUGGUUGCAUGAUAAUAUAGUGUUCAACACAGUCGGACCUGGCAUCGAUCUGGAAGGGAAAAACCAUUCUCUCAUCAGGAAUCUCGUUAUUCUAAGCAGGCAGCCAGAGGGUUUAUUAAACUGGGUUGCUGGCAUCAAGGUGAACCUUGUCAUUGGUGUCUCCCUCUAUGGCAAUGUUGUGGCAGGAUCUGAGAGGAUUGGAUUUCAUAUUAGAGGCCAAGAGUGUUUGCUGGAUGUUGAUUAUUGCAGUGAAAAUGUGGCCCAUUCAAAUCUCCACGGUAUUCAUCUGUACAGGGGAGAUGGAUUUCAGACCUGCACUAGAAUAACAGGUUUUCUAUCUUACAAGAAUUAUGACUAUGGUAUGAUGUUCCACCUUGGAAGCAGCGUCAUUAUAGACAAUGUGGUGCUGGUGGACAACACUGUGGGUCUCAUGCCAGUAAUACACUGUCAGUAUGCCAAGCAGUGCUACACGGGGAAAAGACUCCUUGAGCUUAGAAACUCUACCAUUGUUGCAACAAGCUCAACUUUUGACUGCAUCAGAGACAGGAUCAAGCCUCAAGCAGCAGACCUAACUUCCAGGGAUCGACCACCAUACUACCUUCAAAGAGGCCGUGCUGGGAUUUUAUGGCCUAAAUUUACCACUGUGGCCAGCCAGAGGCCAGAUAGCCCAUGGCACAAAAUUGUCCGUUGUCCAAAAGUGCUAGGACUCAUGAAGCUGAAAGACGUCACAUUUACUGGUUUUACAAAGAGCUGCCACAGCGAAGACAGGGAUGUCUGCAUCAUGUCAGAUACUGACCAUUUAGGCAUCAUGCCUCUUAUCACGGCAGAGAGAUCGAGGAUGUUACAUGUCAAUGGAAAGGAUAAGUUCUGCUUUCAUGCAGCAAGUGUACAGACCUCUGAAGACACCACAUUCCCUGAAAAGAGCUGUGAAGGCUCAAGAAAGGCCCUUGUCAAGGAUUUGGAUGGAAAUCUCCUGGACCUAGAACCACCUGUUUCUGUUUUCCCAAAGUCAGAAUUUGAAUGGACACGGUUCUACUUGCAAUCUGGUAAGUGUUGUCUGGAGUACUCCAGUGCUGUCUGGAGUAGCUUCAAAGUCAUGCAUGCACUUGACCUGUGAAAUAUGUGUGUGUCCCAUUCAUUGAGACCUACAACUGAGGUCUGUGUGCUUGUGGUCCCAGACUGCGUGAUGCAUUUUUGGGAUGGAAAUAGUGAAUGACAUUGAGAUCUCGUUGCACAGUUCUGUGCCCAUCUGUGCUUCUCUGCCUUCUUGCAGAAUCGUGGCACCUGGUCGUGUUUAUCCUCUGUAAAGUUUAAUUUAAAUGCAUUUUAAGAUGAAAGAACUCACCUGCCCUUUGCAAAGUCCUCUGAAUGUGUUGAGUAAGACAUGCAGUAUAACUGCCAUGGGAGUGCAAAAUAAUGGCAAUAAUUGACACAGCAAGGAUUUCCAUCCGUGCCCCACUGAGGAGAUAAUCAAGCUGAUAACCCAGUCCAGAAGUUUUAAGACUCUCUUGUUUAAAAGGGCCCAUUUUGCUCUGCAACCACUCUCUGAAAGUUCACACAGCAAGGCUC